AUGCCGUUGGAGGACAACGAUUCUCCGAAGCCCUUGACGUCGCCGUUGAGCGACUCGGUGGAACUUGGUAGCUUUCCCAUGCCCACGCAGCUCUGCACCACAGGGUGGCUGGAUGCUGUUCAUGGCACGCGGCCACCCGCGUCACCAUCGCCACCAGCCGCGUCCGUCGCCAACAACGCCUGCGCGGCAGCGCCGCAACACCUGAGGAGCGCCGCUGGAAAGAAGCACGCGCAGAGCAGCACUCACAACGAGCAAACGCCUACGGAAAUUCGCCAUCCAACAGAGGCAACGGCGAUGGGGAGCCCCAUCCCACUCGACUCCGACUACUCAGACGCGCCUAUAGGGCAACUCAUCUCGCGCGUAAGGGAAAAGGCAAGGCCAGAUCACUACGACUCCUAUCCAGGCUCGGUGCACGGCCCUGCGACAACGCAGGUGAUGUCCGCGCGGUCGACCGCGACUGUGCCACUGCCAACUCCGGCGGCGUUUCAACACUCCCCGUUUGAAGACAGUCGUGGGGCAGAAACGGACUCGCAGAAAACGAGAACGCAGUGGUACAGCGAUGAUGACACUACCGCCUUCGCCGGCGACUCGCUGCAACUACAGGGGUCGCAGUCACCGACGGCGUACUCUUCUGCGUUAAUGCAAGCGCUGUCGCGCACAGAGGGUGCUGCGGCGCUGAGGAGCCCGUGGACCCUGGCGACGCAGCGCGGGGGCUCCUCCGCGUACUACUCGGAAAGUGACAUGGCCAAGGGCAGCUCUAGCGACCUCCCUCCCGACAUGUACGUGGAGGGGAUGAAAGCGAAAGUAGCGAAGCAACAGUGGGUGGCGCUGGAGAAGGCGCGGCAGGAGGUGCUGGAGGAGGCGCGCCGGCGACGUGACUGCCCAUUCGCCCCUCAAGUCUCCCCUUACGCCGCACGCAUACGUAGACCAGCCUCUCUCCGCCCAGAGAACCGUUAUACCGCGGAGGUUAUCCGCCGCAAGCAAUGGGUGGCCAAGAAGCAGAGCGAGGAGGUGGAGCGCGAGCUGCAGCCGUGCACUUUCCGCCCCCUGACUCUGCGGACUGCUCAGCUAGACCCCGCCGUCAUCGAUCCGCCGCGGACAGUGACUACCGUGUUCCACGAUCUGUACGCAGAGGCCGAGAGCCGUCGCGCCUUCGAGCGCGACGUCAAACCGCAGCUUGUCCAUCAGAUAGAGGAGCGCCGCCGCCCCUCUCCGGCACGGAUGGGACCGGGGCAGCUGGCAGAGGUAGUGGAGCGUUUGUGUGCCCGCGGCGUCGUGCGUAGCGGAGUCCGUGCGGGGCCGCAGAAGGACAACGCGGACGUUCUCCCAUAUGAAAACGACGCCGGAUCGGUGGAGUGUGCUGGCGCGCAUGUAGAUGAGCAUCACCCAACCUUGUCGCUGGAGACGCAGCGCAUUGUGGCCGCCAAGGUCACAUCGGGCGAGCGCGAUGGCAACAUCAUCAAGCAACUAUACCGCCAUGCUGAGCAAGACGUCGUGCGUGGUCAACUGAAGCGCGAACUGGACAAGGAACAGGCGCGACUGGCGCGUGUGGAGCAGGCCAUGGAGCUUGCCUAUGAGCGCAAGCGGCUUCAGCAAGAGUACUACCGCGCUGUGCUAGUCGCCAAGUUCCGCGCGCUUGGCCAUCACGUGGCGCGCGAACAGCGCUGCGCAUACCGCGCCAGCGCACCGCAGCCUGUCGUGCAGCUGGCUCGCGCUGCCCUGGACGUCCUGAACACCGACGAAGCUGAGGAGCUGCUUGGAGCCGUGGAGCACUGCGGGCAACACAAGCUGACUGAAGGUGAGUUUGUGGUAGUGGUGCUGCAAUACUUGGCGGUGCAGCAGGUUUCCCCUGCGCAAAGCGCUCUCCUCCGCAACGCCCCUCCUCCGCCACCUUCGACGCGCGCGGCUUCGAGCGCCGCCACACUGAAACGGGCAGACAGUGCUCCAGGUAUUGCAGGCAGCGCGGAGAGCUCCCCCGCGGUGUUGCCACGCGUGAAGCGAGAGAAACCGGACCCGGAGGUGAUCGAGCAGGUUCGCGCUCGACGGGCGCAGGAGUUGGUGGAGUGGAGGAAGGAGAGCCAGCGUCAACGCGCCAUCUGCGAUGGGGUGCUCGUUGAGGGGGCUGAGUACACCUUCCAGCCGGCGCCGCGCCGCUUGAUCCCGUACGCAUGCAGGCCCGACGUGACAGUGCCGGUAAGGUCAACGAAGAGUGAGGAGCUGCGGCGCGCCUUCCUAAGUGCGCGCAUGCAGGGCAUCGCGCCAGCACUCGCGGUCGACUCCGUGGUACCCUCUGUCUCUGCCCAGAUACUGAAUGCGUCCCGUACGAUUGCCCGAGAGCUGUUCGCGCGUGGCACUUCGGAUCUGGCUCCAUCGUCGACGCGCGAGCGUUCACGGAGCGCCGCCGCACGUGUUGAGACACCAGCGCAGCGGGAGGGAGGCGCUGCAGUGCUCACACCCACUGCAAGGGGGCCGGCGGCAACCCCGCCUGCAUUUCUGCAGUCUCCAUCUGCAGAAACUGCACGGGCGCUCCCCGCCGCCCUUGCCGGUAGAAAGAACCCGGGAGCACCGGAACGACAACGCGACCUGCACGCUGCGGCACCUGCGGGACUAUCAGCGGUAGCAGCUCUUCAGCCGGCAUCGGCACCCGCCGCCCCUGCAGCCACCAGCAAAGGUCAUCCAAGGCGCGUGACAGCGCGCCCCUACAGCGGGAGCUCCCGUCAGGGUCGUUGCAACCUGUUGGCGGAAUCACCGUCCUUGGUAGAGCAAAUCAUGCAUAGCACACCAGAAGACCGAGCGCGUCUUGGGCGUGAGCUGCUGCUGCGACAGGUACGAGAGCAUCAGCGCCGCUCCGGUGCCUUAGACUAA